GGGGCGUUCCCGGCUGGGAGGGGAGAAGUCCGGGAAAAGGGCCGCAAAAGCGGAGCGGAGCGCCUCCUCGCCCCCCGAUCCCGCUCGCCUCUCCGCCUGGGGAGCUGGCAAUGCGCCCUGGGCGCACCUGGCCUCUUUGGCAAUGCGCCCUGGGCGCAUGGCGCGCAGGGCUCCCCUGGCCGUUGUGCGCCUGCCGGGGAAAGGAGUUUCGAGAGCGGGCAGUCGGCCAAGAGGAGGAGGAGCUGUAGGCGGAACUCCCCCGGGGAGGGGAGGCCGGUAAGAGGCGUCUGUGAAAGUCCCUAGUAUUCAGCUGAGCCGACGGGGAAGUCCCGGCUUCCUCUACCGCCGAGGGUGGGCGAAGCAGCGAGUGUCACCGCCGCUCCUCGGGAUUCACUCGUGGGCGCCCGCGGGGCACUGAGGGCACUGCCAUCGCCACCCAGACCGUCGAGUUUGGGCGGCGGGGCAGCACUUCCAGCCAGGAAAAAGAAAAACAAGAGAAGAGAAUUGGCAAGAGACGGAGCGCGGAGACCGGGCGCGGCUUGGCUGGUGACUCCUUUCCCCGGAAUCCAGAAAGCGGACGAGGAGGGUGCGGGUGGGGUUGUGACCUUCCUGCACCCCCCACCCCCCCUCGGCUCUCUCCCGGCUGCUCUCGGAAAGGACUGCCUGCCGGCUUCCUGAGCUUGACACCUCACCCACUGCCCACACCCUGUGAGCAAAGCGCUCAGGUGUGAUCACAUGGCGCGUCGGUGGAGGUAACCGGGCCAUCCAUUCUUCCGAGCCUAUGGAAAGGGAUUUGCAGCGCCCGUCGGAGGGCGCUUGGAAAGCGGCCGCCGUCGGAAACUGAGAGCCUCCCCCAAGCUGCCUUGGGUGAGCGGGUUCCCUGGGGGCUUUUGGUUUGCGAACAUGAGCAGGUGAUGGUGACUUUCCGACUGCCCACUCAGCAGCACCCGGGAAAGCUGACCAGGUGGACGCCUCCCGCUCCACCAGCGCUUGACCCAGCUCUGGAGCCGAAAGCGAACCCUGCCCGGGAGUCCCUGCCCGGCGACGGCAAGGAGGAUUUGGCAAACAUGGCCGGGGAGCUACCUGUGGACUUGAGCACCUGGCGGAAAGGGGGCAGCCAAGGCAGAUGCGUCGCCCCCGAUAGAGAGGUUUCUUUGGACGCCUCCGGGAGGCAGUUGCCUACUUCCCGGGAGCCCGAGGAAGCCCCGAGUGCCGUCUGCCAGCCCGGCCCCAUCCUUCCAGGAAUGCGGAGCACGGCUUCCCCCCAGGCGGGCCUGGAAGGAGAGAAGAAGGCCAAGACGUGCUUGCCGUUGCGGAAACGCCCGUAUGUCGUGCCGGGGGCAGAUGGGGACGCCCAGGGGCCGCUGGCUGGCAAAGUCCCCAAGACGGAGAGCAGCGAGCUGUGGGGCUCCCCCUUCAAUGGUUACCACUCUCCGUAUAUCUCCGUCAGCUACCCAAGAUUCCCAGCUGCCUAUUACUCAGGUAAAGAGAAGGCCCCCUCUCUGGAAUGCUCUAUCCCCGCUCAAUCUCCUUCCGCCAGCAGCUGAUUUUUCUACCUCUCCAUCCUUAGGGUUUUUUUGCAGCCAACUUCCUUCACCAUCACUUGGCACCCAUCCGCUUGCCUUUCCGAGAGUGGCUCACCUGCGGUGCUCUAGAUCUCGAUGGACCACACACCCCAUCAUCUCUGGGUUGUGUUGGCCGGGGGGAGAUGGAGCCCCACAACAUUUGAGGGCCACAGGUGACCCACUCCUAGUUUGCAUCGUCCCUUUUGUGAUCCAAGGGCCCCACUUGGUAAUUGAGGCGAAGGAAGGGCUUUGGACUCGCCCAAAAGUUUUUUGUUUCCCAGCUGUAGGGGUCAAGAAGAGGAAGGCCUGCAGCAAGGAGGAAAUGAAUCUGUCAGGCAGGUGUGGCAGCCAGACGGAUGGGAGGUCUGCGAAACUGGUGAAAUGGAGAUGUUGGUGCCUGCCUUGGUCCCGAGAACAUAAUCUCUGAAUUGGGAAGUCCCCUUGUGUGCAUCGCACCUCAGCCCUGAAAAUGCCUAGGUGGCUGUAGCAAGCUGGCUCCUGGCCUGCAGUGAAGAAUAUUUUUAUUUAUUAUUAUUAUUAUUAUUAUUUGGUCCUAUAGCACCAAGUUUGCAGGUUCAAUCACUGUAUGGAACAGCUGUAUAUUCCUGCAUUGCAGGGGGUUGGACUGGUCAGGGUUUCCCAAACUUGGGUCUCCAGCUGUUUUUGGACUACAGUUCCCACCAUCCCUGGCCACUGUUCCUGCUAGCUAUGGAUGAUGGGAGUUGUAGUCCAAAAAACAGCUAGAGACCCAAGUUUGGGACUACAUGGUCUUCAGGGUUUCUUCCAGCUCUAAAAUUCUAUGAUUCUAUUCCUAUUAAUUUUAUUUCUGCCCUUCCUCCCAAAGGAGCCCAGGGCAGCAGAUAUAAAAUCAUUAAAACAUCUUGAUGCAGUACAGGUGCAGACUGGGAAAGAUCUCUUGUCAAAAGAGCCUACCUUACCGGGUUGUUGCAGGCGUUGUCGAGCUGGAGGGCUCUGCAGAAUGCAUGUGCUGUAGAAACGCCUGAAGUAUUUUUUAUGAGUUGUUUGCCAUUAGACCAGCUAGUGGCUUGGAGACGACAAAGCUUCUGAGCACAACAGAAGUCUUCGUCAGGUGUGAGGCCAGGACAGGCGCAAGGUAAAUUGUAGCCCUCUCCUCAAGUGGGGAAUCUGGACUUCACGGCAAGUUUGGUCAGAAUUGUGGCGUCGGGAGAAGCACACCUGUGGCAGCGCUAGAUGCUCAGGCUUUACUUCUGCCUGUGGUGCUACGGUGGUCCAAACCGUGAGGUGCCCCAGAGGGUCUCCGUCUAUGGAGCAUCCAUGAAGCUCACCUUCUCCCUUUGAAACCACUCCCUUCCUUGCUGCCCACUAGGUGUGGAAACUCUUCAUUUCACCUCAGGCGGCAAAUAAGCAAAGACCGUCCUGAGAUGCAGCGCAAAUGCGACCGAAACCAAGCACAUCUCAUUGGAUGCAGUCCACAUCCGCACAAUACAUUUAAAGCACUCUUCAGCACCGUUAACAAACUACAGCUCCCAUAAUUUUUUGGGGGGAAGCAGUACAAAGUGGUAUAAAUAGUGCUUUAACUGUAUGGUGCAGACUGGACCCUUUAAUUGCCGUUUUCUGCUGCCGUUCCACCCAGUUUGACCAGAAUGAGGAAAUCUGAGCUUCUUAGCAGAAGAACCAAGGGGUUUUUUUGGAGGGAGGCAGUUUCCUCCUCUCUCUCUAUUUUUAAAACAAUUCAACAGGAUCACCCCUGUCUUCGGUUGUUGUGAGGUCUGAAAUGCAUCUGCGUAUACAAACAGCGAUAACAAAGCACCCUUUAAAAUGUGCUGCCUUUGGAGGAAAUAAAAUGCAAACUUGGGGCUUUGUUGUCACUCUUUCCGUUUGCGCCCAUUCUCUCUGCCACCACUACUGAGGCUCAAAACAGCACUCCUUGCUCCUGAAGAGACUGGCCUUCCAGUGAACUUAUCAAUGAGGGGACUAGAAGUCCCGGAUGCCUGGGUUUUUUUAGGGUCGGCUUUGCGUCUCAUUCCAACCCCUUCUUUCUCUUUUUCCCCACCUCCCCGUUUCAGGUUUGGCCGGCCCCUUCCUCAGCCCCGAGAUGUCGCCGCUUUUGCAUCCCAUGACCCCCAACCCAGUGCUGAGGGUCCCCACCCCUUACUCUUUCCUCUGCCCCGUGGAGGCCCAGUUGGCCCUAGACGUUGCCACAGCGACCAAGCAAGAUGAGGACGGAGACACGUAAGGAGAGGGAGAAGCUGGGUGCUCAAGGGGGGAGAGCUGGAAGUGCAGGAGAAGCCGGGAAGGAUUGGGGCCUGGCAGGCAAUGGGGGGGAGCUUCAGUUUUGAGGGUCGAUUCUGAGAAGGCAUGUGUGCAAUACCUGGGAAUUUAUAAUUAAACGGCAGCUUGCACAUGCUCAGAGGACUUCCUUGUUUCUGAUUUUCCCAUCCCAGUACUGAAGUCUGAGUCAUGGGUGGAAGUUGAAUCUUGCCUCUAGAUUCAGUUUCCACGGUGGGGCUGAAGAAUUUGAGGCAUCAUUUGAGGAGCCCAACACCCCAUAUUUCACCCCACAUGCAAAUGGUUGCUUUGUGGUAUCUCUAUCUCUGCACUGGUGACCUGCCAUUUGCAGAUUCUGGUUGUGGGAAGAGGAACUAAGCAGUUUCCCCUGCUAAUGCCAUGACCAAUGCGUUUGCAGAACACGUAGUUCUAGCCUCAGUGACUGUUGGCGUGAUCUGUGAAAUGGGCCUGUGUGCUAGCUAAGCCAACAACACACAGCCCCUUUGUUUAAAAAAGGAAAUAAGCAGCCAUUGGUUAUUCUGUACAGACCUUUCUAUAAAAAGGAGCAUAACUGCAGCAAACACAUUUAAAAACUUACUUUUUUUCAGGGGAGGGAAAGGGAAGGUAAUUUGACUUGGAAGGUAUCCAAGUGCUGAGCCUUCUGGAAUGUUUCUGCUGUGGAUUUGAACCUGGGUCUCCCAGGAUGAAGAAAUCCAUCCUUUGCAUAAUCAGCCCACACCAGCCUUCCCUAACCCUCCAGAUGUUUUGAGCCACAACUCCCACCAGCCCCUGAUGUGCGGAAUUGUAUUGCCGCAUCAUGUCAGGGCAGCCGUUUGCUUAGGCAAAUUGGGGGGUGGAGGGGAGAGCCCUGAUUAGACACAUUCCUGGUGGGUGCAGCCUGUCGGCGGCUGUCCGCCACCACAGUAGCUAGGUUGAGCCUCCAUAUCCAAAAGCAGUUUACCCCACCUCUAGGGCCAAACAGCUGGAGCCUGCCUUCUUUCCACCCUGGGUGGUUGGAAGGAUCACGGACUUAGCCUAAGUUGUACAGGUAACGCUCUUUCCUUCUGGUUUGGGUUUGGACAUUUGGAGAGGAAGGCCUCUCCGCCUUUUUCUCCUCCUCUCACUGAGCAGCUUUGUUUAACCGGAGCCAAGCGCAGCUGCCAAAGGGGAAUCCCCUACCCAAGCUACACCCCUCCCUCUUACACACACCCUGACUUCCUCCCCGUCUGCUGACGUUUCCCCUGCUCUGUAAUUGUUGGCAGCCCUGUCCCUUUUCCUGGAAUAUGGCGAAGGGGAGAAGUGACCCCCGCCCCUCUCUCCUCCUUAAGCCGCCCCACAUCCUUCUGAGCUGCAGAGCCCUGAACCAGGGGUUGCUGUUCUCCUCCUUCCUCUCUGCUGGGGGGGCUGGCUCCUGCGGUGAGCCCUUGAGGCUCCGUUAGCGAGACAGGAAGCGGAGGUCAGGGCUCGGCUUACUGGAAGCCGGUGCCCUGGGAGUCCUUCCCGCUGCCUGUGGGCUUGGCCCCAGACGAUAAAGCAGUUUCGUUUCAUCGCAAGCGGGGAGAGAGGCAGCUUCUGCGAAGUCAGGUGGAGCCCAGGGUGCUCUGUGGAUAGGUGUCAGGGGGGCGUUGAGACUUUGGACAACCGAGAGUGAGAGCUUUGGCCGGGAGUGAAAUAGGGAGGGGGCUGCAAGCAGGGAGACCCCCUUAACCCCACACAUGCCCCUUUAUAGAGGGUUCAGACCAGGGCCUUGCACAGCCAGGCAGAGGCCCGGGCCAGGUAGAUAAUGUGCCCCCCCCUUUUUUUUACCCUGGGGAUAACUGAAGUCUUAGAAAUAAGUAUAGAAAUAAUUUCCACAAAAGUUAUGCUGACAAAUCAUUUUAUUUCAAAGCAUGAACCGUUUCUGCAUAUAAAGACAAAAUGGAAAAUAUAGAUACAGUGGUACCUCGGGUUACAUACGCUUCAGGUUACAGAAGCUUCAGGUUACAGACUCCACUAAUCCAGAAAUAGUACCUUGGGUUAAGAACUUUGUUUCCGGAUGAGAACAGAAAUUGUGCAGCGGCAGCAGCGAGAGACCCCAUUAGCUAAAGUGGUGCUCCAGGUUAAGAACAGUUUCGGGGUAAGAACGGACCUCUAGAACGAAUUAAGUAUGUAACCAGAGGUACCACCGUAUACAAUAGUGCUUUUUAAAAAUACAUAGGGAAAAGGGUUAUUUUAAGUACAGUGGUACUUCGGGUUAAGUACUUAAUUCGUUCCAGAGGUCCGUUCUUAACCUGAAACUGUUCUUAACCUGAAGCACAACUUUAGCUAAUGGGGCCUCCUGCUGCUGCCGCUGUGCCACCGGAGCACAAUUUCUGUUCUCAUCCUGAAGCAAAGUUCUUAACCCGAGGUACUAUUUCUGGAACAGCCGAGUCUGUAACCUGAAGCAUAUGUAACCCGAGGUACCACUGUAUGUGUUGGUUGCGCUAUUAAGAGGCAAUAUUAAAAACAGCUUAAAACGGCGCCCAAUCACAGAGAUAAGGUGCGUCCUAAAAACGUACAUUUCACGCCAUGGAUGAUUUAGCUAAGAUUUCUGCAACUCGCGGGUUGGACUGGAUGACCCUUGGGGUCCCUUCCAAGUGUCAAAAGCCCAGGUAUAGGGUUUCUUGUAUAGUGAAGGUGCUUCUGGGUGCCGGGAGCUCCACAGCUUGGAAGCUGCUGUUCCAAUCCACCCCACCUUCAGUCCCUGAUCAACUUUUCUCAUGUGUCAAUGUCCCUCAACCUCAGCCAAAGUGGUGCCUCCAGGUGGCUGAUGGGAGUUGUAGUCUGGAAGGCGCCAGGUUAGCAAAGCUUUGCAGACCGGGAGAGGGGGGCAUCUCUGGUCUAAUGAAUUCGCAGCUCAUUUCUCUGUCCCGUUCCAGGCCUCUCCACAUCGCUGUGGUUCAGGGGAAUCUUCUGGCCGCUCGGCGCCUGAUUGCUCUUUUCCACCAGGGGAGGCAAGGCCUGGACACCUUCAACAACCUGCGGCAGGUAAGUGGGAGCCGUGGGGUAGGGGCGUGCUAUCGGUCCAUCAUCCAGAGAGAGGCAGUGUGGUGUAGGGGUUAGAGUGUUGGACCCAGACCCGGGAGACCAGGGUUCGAAUCCCCACUCAGCUAUGAAGCUGGUUGGGUGACCUUGGGCGUCACUCGCCUUCGGCCUGACCUACCUCGCAUGGUUGUUGUUAUAGGGUAAAAUAGGGAGCGGAACUCUGCAUGCUGUUUGGAGGAAAGCAAGGCGAACGGAAAUGCAAAAAAUAAAUAAAUCCCACCGUGGCCACCAAGAAUCUUAGCAUAGAGAAGGCAAUCAUACCUUGUUGUUUGUCCGCAGCACCUGAUAUUUUGAGGUACAGUGGUACCUCGGGUUACAUAUGCUUCAGGUUACAUACGCUUCAGGUUACAGACUCCGCUAACCCAGAAAUAUUACCUCGGGUUAAGAACUUUGCUUCAGGAUGAGAACAGAAAUCGCGCGGUGGCAGCAGGAGGCCCCAUUAGCUAAAGUGGUGCUUCAGGUUAAGAACAGUUUCAGGUUAAGAACAGACCUCCAGAACGAAUUAAGUACGUAACCAGAGGUACCACUGUACACGGGCUCCUGGACAUGGGGUCUUUGCUUUAGCAGCACGUUUGGGAAGACUUGGAGGGCUUCUCCAUCCAAGCCCUCACAGCUUGGGGGAGUGAUUGCCUCUCUCUUAGGCCGCGGGGAGAAAGCUUCCAUCUGGCUUUUCAUUCUUCGCACCAAUGUGGACGGCCGAAUGUUAUUGUAGGUCUCAGGCUGGAAAAGUGGGGAGAGGAAUCACAGCAACCUGCCUUAUACCAAGGCCACAUUCACCCCAGACAUUGAAAGCACUGCGAUACCACUUUAAACAGUCAUGGCUUCCCCCAAAGAACUCUGGGAGCUGUAGUUUGUUAAGCCCUGUUUGGAGACCUCCUGUUACAAUCCUCAGCCUUGUUUCGCAGUCAGUCCUGCUUCCCAAGGAACUCUGGGAAUUGUAGUUUUAGCGAAUGGAAUCAGGUAUCUCCUAACAACUUUCAGCACCCACAGCAAACUACAGCUCCCACAACUUUUUCCUGGGGUGGGGGCUGUUUAAAGUUGUAUCAUAGUGCCAGGGCGGACCCAAAACAAUUUGGCACCUGAAGCAGAGCUAAAAUGGCACUUCUCUCCCCACAGGGAAGAAGGGGUGAAGGAAGAUCUACAUCAGGAGCAAGGGGGGGGGGAGAAAGAUGGACAUCAGGGCUCUGCCGCCCCAGUGGAUCUUGCCACCUGAGGCGGUCGCCUCCACUUGCCUCUUGGGUGGGCCGGCCCUACGUUAAAUAGUGCAUUAACCUUUCCUCUUGGCUGGGCCAGCCCUGGCUAAAAUUCUACAUCAGGAUCUGCUGUCCCAGCGGACUCUGCUGCCUGAGGCGGUCGCCUCCCCUUGUCUCUUGGGUGGGCCGGCCCUGCACGGUGCUUUAAAUGCACAGUGCAAACUGGGGCCGAGUCCGUCUAGCUCAGUUUUGCCUGUGCAUUGACUGGCAAAGCAGUGGCUCUCCAGGGUUUCAGUUCUCAGCCCUACCCAGAGACGCCGGGGAACGAACCGCGAGACCUUCUACAUGCAAAGCAGAGGCUCUGAACCACGGAGCCACAUCCCUUCCCCCUCCAGGAAGUUUUAGACGUGAUCAGGUCUUGUGCAUCAAGGGAGGCAGAGAGAACAGGUUCCCCCACUCUUUAGGGCUUCCAGUAAAGCUGGGGUAUUCUAGAUCCAGACCUUUAGAGGCCCUAAGCAGUUAAAAGAUUUUGGUGCCCCCAUAUACAAGUUGCAAGGUUCUAAUUUGGUUGUGUUCCCAAGAUGAGUGUAUUUUUAUUUUUUACCAGUCACCAAAACACAAACAGUGAAACCCCCCAGGCGGCUGAUACAUUGGGUAUACAAUAUUCAAUAAUAUACAUAUUCAAUAAUAACAUAUACAAAUCAACCAUAUGUACACUUCUAUAUACACUCCUCCUUCCACAAGUGUUACUUAACUUUUAACAUUUUAAUUGCCCCAUAUUGUUCAAACCUACUCAAAUAAUUCUAUAUCUUCUCAAACCAAUCCUCCUCUUUCUCAGUGACCUUAAACCCUUUCAUUCUAUGUAUCUACACAGUUAAGUAUUCUAAAAUUAUAAUAUUAUUCAGUUUUUUCCUCCAUUGGUUCAUCCCUAACUCUUCUGCAUUUUCCCAAUUACUCGCUAUGACCUGUCUGGCUGCAAUUACCAUCAAUUUUACCUAUUUGCAUUCCUCUUUUGUUUUUAACUCAGUACUACUCAGAGUAAUAAGAACCAUUAAUUUAGUUAUUUCCACGUUCCUUCCUACAAUUCCUGAUAUUUCUAUACCAAUCUGUUUCCAAAAUUCAUUAAGAUGAAUGAAUAUCAUCAACCUCUAGCUAGGAUAGCUCUGUCAGUAGAGCAGAAGACUCUCAAUCUCAGGGUUGUGGGUUCAAGCCCCACAUUGGGCAAAAGAUUCCUGUAUUUUAGGGGUUGGGCUAGAUGACCGUCAGGGUCCCUUCCAACUCUAUGAUUCUAUUACAGUGGUACCUCGGGUUACAUACACUUCAGGUUACAUACGCUUCAGGUUACAGACUCCGCUAACCCAGAAAUAGUACCUUGGGUUAAGCACUUUGUUCAGGAUGCGAACAGAAAUUGUGCUCUGGCAGCACGGCAGCAGCAGGAGGCCCCGUUAGCUAAAGUGGUGCUUCAGGUUAAGAACAGUUUCAUGUUAAGAAUGGACCUCCGGAACGAAUUAAGUACGUAACCAGAUGUAUUGACAAGCUGGAACAUGUGCAGAGGAGGGCAACCAAGAUAACCAUAAUAAUAAUUUAUUAUUUAUACCCCUUCCCCAGCCACUCUGGGCGGCUUCCAACAAAAUAUUAAUAUACAGUAAUGCAUCAAACAUUAAAAGCUUCCCUAAACAGGGCUGCCUUCAGAUGUCUUCUAAAAGUCUGCUAGUUGUUGUUCUCUUUGACAUCUGGUGGGAGGGAGUUCCACACGAAUUACCACCCGAGGUACCACCGUAUUACUAUUUUGUUGUUGUAUGUAUGCACGCAUGUGUAUAAGUAUGUAAUUUUUUUCACUUAUUGUGGGAGCCAUUUUUUGGCGGGAGCUGGUUCAGAUCCACCACGGUAAAUCCAGCAAUGGAAAUUUUCUGUGCUGCCCCCAUUGAUGCCCUAAGGGCGUCCUUAUUUCCUGAAUGGUUCAUCCAGCCCUGAGUGAAGAGAGAGCUAAAGAGGAAAUUGGGUUGGGGGGGCAGCAGAGAGACGAGGAAAGGGGAUGUUUUCCUACCACAGGAUCCAUUUCCAAUGGCUGCUAACAUAUAACCUUCCCUCAAGAACACAACCCUCAAGAGUAAGAAGACCCACACAGAUAGCACAGGGAUUUGGGCAGAAACCUUGCUCAGAAGAGACCAGGGAUCGACUGAGGUUUACUGGGCUUUCGAUCCAUUCUUCUGCCAAGGCAGGGGGUUCCUGGACGCCUGUGCCCCCUCUGUGGAAAGUUGGCGGCUUUUAAAAUUGGUUAUUAACGUGACCACAGACUCACAGGUCCAUCUUGUGCAGCUGUAGUGCCCUGCUGCAGUGAGAGAGCGAAGAGAAACACUUCAAAAUGUCAGAAGUGGUCAUUAGGUCCCGUAUUGUAGGUUGGGAUUUUGAGUCUGAAAAGGCAAAGGGUCAUAUCCAGGGUUAAUUCUACUCAAGAGUUGACGCGUUGGAGAGAUAACAGACAUGGCUCACUCGGGUGCAUUACUUGCAAUGGGUCUACUCUUGAGGCCACAUCUGCGCUGUAUUUUUGAUGCCCUGUUAUACCGCUUUGCAGCCAUGGCUUCCCCCGCAAGGAAUCAUGGGAAACGUAGUUGCCAGGAGGCCCCCUAUUCCCCUCACAGAGUGGUUUAGCAAUCAAUCCCUCCUCCCAGGGAACUCUGGGAAUUGUAGUUCUGCGAAGGGGGUCUCCUGACAACGCUCAGCACCCAUUAAAAAAACACACCAGUUGCCAGGAUGCUUUGGGGGAAGAAACCCUGACUGUUUAAAGUUCUAUCCUAUUGCGUUAUUGUGCAAAUAGGGCCUGAGCAGAACCCACUUGGUUUGGGACCAAGUAGUAGGUUUCGAACUCUGGUUUCCAGGAUAUCCGAGCUUCCUAAUGGUUGGUGCAUUUCCCUGAAAGUUUGCGCAAUCCUAUCUUCCCCUGGGAUCCAUCACCAUGGAGAAGUCUUGGGCGUGUUCUCAGAGCGGAGGUGGAGAGGUGGCGGCAGAUCAGGACCUGCUGAGAGAUCAGUAAAAAGGUCUUGGGUCUGUUUUGUGGCUCAUGAGCUCAUGCAGUCAUUGGCCUGAUGUGCUGAGCCUCCAUAUUGUUGGGACACCACCCACUAGUAACUAAGUUGGACAGGCCUGUCUCCAGUGUGGUUUUGGAAGGACUCAGGACUCUUGGUCCUUUCCCAGGAUGCCUCGGGGCCAGCGUGGGAUUUCGCAGCCUCCAUGGCAACCGAGGGACCGACUCGCAUGGUCUUCAGCCCAAUGCACCCCUCUUGAUUUAGUCUUUGCUCCCAGUAGAGAGAGGGGUCUGGCAAUGAUAGUGGGGUGCUUUAAAUGUUGCCACAGUCCAGUGUUUUUCAAACUCGGGUCUCCCGGUGUUCUUGGACUACAAUGCCCAUCAUCCCUAGCAAGCAGGACCUGUGGCCCAGGAUGAUGGGAGUUGUAGUCGAACAAAUGCUCUGGCGGGUUUUUCCAGAAGAUAUUGCUGGCGAUCCUUUUGAGUCCCUGGCCUCGCUGUUUUGUGUGAUGAAAUGAGGAUAAAUCUUGAUUUUAUCAAGUCUGAAUUAUUGCAACGUGCUGAAUGUGUGUGGAGGCUCCAGACACAGAAUUCAGGACUUUAUGUGUUUUUUUAAACCCAGUUUCUAGCCUUUAAGGCUGAGAAGAAAGGCUUGAAAGCUGAUGGACAAUUCUUGUCUGAAGCAGGGGGCGAGGCUUGAGUUGGUUUUCAAGGGUCAUGAUUUAAGUUCACAGGUAACUUCUCCCCAAAUAAGCUUAAUUUCCGUAAUUCACAGAGAUCUCAGUAUUCAGCAUUCUUUGCUACAUUUUUUAAAAAAAUAAUAAUAUUACAGUGGUACCUCGGUUUUCGAACAUCUCCGUUGCUCAACAUUUCGGUUUUUAACCACCAAAAACCCGGAAAUAAAUGCUUCCAUUUUCAAACGUGCCUCGGAAGUCGAACGGCUUCCACUGCGUGUAUCUGUUGUUUUUCACAAUUUUCUCUAUUGAAUUGGCAGGCCGCCCUUUGCGCCUCAGUUUUCGAACAUUUCGGAAGUCGAACAGUCUUCCGGAAUGGAUGUCGUUCGAAAACCGAGGUACCACUGCACUUGGAAAAGACAAAACGCAUGGGAGGUUGCUGGAGCAGGGAGAAGUAAACUCUUGAGAGGUUGGAGCAUGGGUAGGCAAACUAAGGCCCGGGGGCCAGAUCCGGCCCAAUCGCCUUCUAAAUGUGGCCCACGGACGGUCUGGGAAUCAGUGUGUUUUUACAUGAGUAGAAUGUGUCCUUUUAUUUAAAAUGCUCCCAGUACAUUUCCGAGCACAAUUCAAAGUGUUGGUCCUGACCUUUAAAGCCCUAAACGGCUUCGGCCCAGUAUAUCUGAAGGAGCAUCUCCACCCCUAUCGUUCUACCCGGACACUGAGGUCCAGCACCGAGGGCCUUCUGGCAGUUCCCUCACUGCGAGAAGCCAAGUUACAGGGAACCAGGCAGAGGGCCUUCUCGGUAGUGGCGCCCUCCCUGUGGAACACCCUCCCACCAGAUGUCAAAGAGAACAACAACUACCAGACUUUUAGAAGACAUCUGGAGGCUUUUAAUGUUUGAUGUAUCACGGUAUUUUAAUAUUCUUUUGGAAGCCGCCCAGAGUGUCUGGGGAAGCCCAGCCAGAUGGGCAGGGUAUAAAUAAUAAAUUAUUAUUAUUAUUAUUAUUAUUCAUAGAAUCAUAGAGUUGGAAGAGACCACAAGGGCCAUCGAGUCCAACCCCCUGCCAAGCAGGAAACACCAUCAGAGCACUCCUGACAUAUGGUUGUCAAGCCUCUGCUUAAAGACCUCCAAAGAAGGAGACUCCACCACACUCCUUGGCAGCAAAUUCCACUGUCGAACAGUGGAAUUUAUUAUUUAUUUCAGUGGACAGUGGAAUUUAUUUAUUAUUAUUAUUAUUAUUAAUGCAUCUCUGGGUUAUUUGUGGGGCGUAGGAAUUUGUUCAUCCCCCCCCAAAAAAAUAUAGUCUGGCCCCCCACAAGGUCUGAGGGACAGUAGUCCGGCCCCCUGCUGAAAAAGUUUGCUGACCCCUGGUUUGGAGUCUCCUAAUCCUUGGACCAAGCAGGUUGCAUCAGGCUUCCCAGGAGGAGCAGAGAUUGUAGCUUAGCAGCGGCACUGAGUACAUCUGGAAGGAGACCAGCCUAGCAAAAGCUGCACGCCAACAAGGCCCCAAACCCUGCAGUCCUUGAGGAGUCGUAAGCUUCGAAGGCUUAAUUCCCAGCAGCUUCUUGUGCCCUCCCCUCUACCCGCCCAAGGGACUUUCCCUAGCCCUCGCUGGUGGCAAACCCCAGGCAACUUCCUCAACCGAGUGGCUCAAGAAAGACUCAAAGACUCAAAGACUCAGCAGCACUGAGUCACAACACCAGGAACAACAGGCGGAAGUUGGGGGGGGGUAAAGGUUUUAGAGGGGGUCGGGGUUAUAACUAUGCAUAUAUUAUUUCUAGCAUGCAGUUUAGGGUCAAACCAUCCUGCAGAUAAAAAGCAGUCUCUGAAAGCAUGCUUUCUCCUCGCUCCGUUUCUGUCCUUUAUUUCUUGUGCACAGCCAACUUUCAGAUUUGAGGCGGGCAAGGUUUUUAAACUAGAUUUCUGUGGCAGCCGUAAAUCUGAAAAGGCCUUGCGCAACGGAAAGGAUGGCUCGUGGGAGUUUUGUCUUGUUCACGCCCAUCCGCAAUCCUCAGACCGCAGGAAAGAGAGUUCCCACUGGCAGCCAAGGAGAUGUCUUACUAAAUGAAGGCUGCCUCCUGGGUAAAUCCAUCUUGCAUCCUUCCAGCAUAGAUAGGUUCCGGGCCAAAUUCAAAGUGCUGUUUUUGAGCUUUACGUGGCUCAGGACGCCAGUCCCGCAAAGACUGCCUCUCUGCUUAUGAACUGGCUCAAACCCUCAGCUGAUAGCUCUUCUCUGUGUUCCUCCUCCAGAGGAGGCCAACACCAGAACGGGGCCUUUUCAGUGGUGUCCCCCCUCUUGUGGAAUGCUUAGCGAGUCUCACCUGGCACCAUCAUUGCUAACCUUAGGGUGGCAGGCAAAAACAUUUCUUUGGCUUUUAAUGAGCUGUGGCUUCCUUCAGUGGGUGGGGUGUUCUGUGUUUUAAAAAGAUGAUCUUUAGAAUUUUUUUGCUGGUUUAAUGUGUGUUAUUUAUUUAUUUAUUUAUUGCUUGCGUUGUUGUUUUCUAAUAAAAAAGUGACCCAUGUUUAAUAAAGAAUAAUGUUCCUUGUUCCUGCUUGAAAUCCCUGCCACCCAAGCAGUGAGAGUCCAGAAAUUCUGCCUUCCGAAAAGGAAAACUUGCAGGGAAAAGUCCUUUACGGAGAUGUCCUGAUCUAAUAAAGACUCUCAAAAAUGAAAAGUUGAACAUUCCCGCUGCUUUUGAUUGCAAGGUUGGAGGAGACCCCCUUUCUGGUUGUCUUCACUGCACUGUUCCACUAACCGGAAUUUGGUGUUGUGCCCCAAAUGUUGGCAUUAUCCUAGUCCUCAAGUUUCUGUCUCUGUAUUACAGCUUCCUAGUUACUUAGGGGCAGCGUCACUAUUUUGGUGGCAAACCUAUACCUCCCAUUUUGCAGGAAAAUAAUCCCUUCCGAUGUCACAAAUACUCAGGAUUCCUCACAGCCCAUCCACACUUUAAUUUCCCCCAUGAUUCCAAGUCCCAGUAGGAGAGUGGGGUGGUUUUUUAUUGUCUUGCUACUUUCCCUGGGAAAACCCCCUCUUUACUGCUGAAUCAGAACAAAUGUCAAUUGGAUUUUACAUGAUCGGGAAACAGCUCCACCCUCUUGGAGCACGUACAAAUGUCCCGUGUUUAGAUUUAUUUUUUUCCAGCUAGUAGCAGAAAGUGACAUUGCAAACUUGCCUUCUGCCCGGCGAUCCUGGACCCAUCUGUUCCUAGUAUUGCCUCAUCGUCAAUUUCUCUACUGUAACAUCUGGCUUUCCGGGGUCUUGGGGGUGGAUGGAAGCUAGUAUAGACUUGUUCCUGGAAAUCCUUUUAACUGGAAAUGAAAAUUCAAUCAACCAUGAGUGACACUCACUUUUGGCUUCUGCAGUUUUGGUUUCUUUUUAGUUUUGCUGGGGCAGAGCUAGCUUCCUCUUGUCCAAAUGCUUCCUGGUACAUUUUUAAUAUCAAGAUCAUAGCAUUGAAGUGCUGGAAGGGACUCCAAGGGUCAUCUAGUCCAACCCCACUGCAAUGCAGGAAUCUCAGCUAAAGUAUCCAUGACAGGUGACCAUCCAACCUCUGUUUAAAAAUAUCUCCAAGGAAGGAGAGUCCACAACCUCACGAGGGAAUCCGUUCCACUGUCAAAUUGCUCUCAAGUUCUUCCUAAUUUUGAGUCGGAAUCUCCUUUCUUGUAACUUGAACCCAUUACCCCCCAAAUCCUACCCUCCAGAGCUGGAGAAAACAAGCUUGUUCCCUCUUUUCUUAUGUGACAGCCCUUGAGAUAUUUGAAAGUGGCCCACCCUCUCCGUAGGCAUCAAGGCAGAUGAUGCCAUUUUACAAAAGCCGGUGGGGUUGGGAACAGAACAAAAAGAAUACUCUCCAAAAAUAAAACCAGGUUAUGUAUGUGACGUCAGCAGCAAGGAUUAUAGUGGCAAAACACUGGAAAGAUAAAAAUAUACCCAUUAAAGAUGAAUGGGUAGUCAAAUUGUGUGAGUACUUGGAGCUUGUGAAGCUGACAGAUGCAAUAAGAGAUAAACCUAAAAAGAUGGUGAAAGAGGAAUGGGAAUGUUUAAAUAAUUAUCUAGGGGAUAAGGGUUCAUCAAGAAAGACCUGGUUAUGUUUAGAAUGAUACUGCAUAGGGAAAUGUUCCCUAAUACCAAGAUGGAAUGUAGAUAGAGAGAAUUGAUAAGAAUAAUGAUCUGUUGUGACCUUGACAGAAGCGUACAAUAGAUGAGCCUUCUUGUGUUUUGGCUCAUCUUACUCUUUUUUCUCUUUUUUUCUCCCCCCCCUUUUUUUUCUUUUUUCGUUUUUUACUUUCCUCCUCCUCCUCCUUUCUUUUUUCUUUCCCAUAAUGGCUUAUGUUCUAUGCCACAUACUUUGAUUUUUUUUUGGUAGUUUUUUAGCUUUUUUCAUCAUCAUCAUUAUUAUUAAGCAAUUUUCUUUUAUAAUUUUGAUUGCCUAUAUUUAUCUGUAUUUGUUUAAAGCAAAAUAAAGGUAUUUUUUUUAUUAAAAAAAACUCUCCAGUUGUGCCAAAUCAAGCUAUCCGAUGGCCUUCAGCCUCGUCCCAUACGGACCCACCUCUACCACAAAAGUCCGGCCAAAAGACUUCCAAAUCAAAUGCCUUCCACAGUGCUAUGUGAAACUGUGGAACUCUCUCCCACAGGAAAGCUUCUGAAAACCAGUUGCUGGAAGCCACAGGAAGGGGAGAGUUGCUCUUGUGCUGGGAUCUUGAUUGCGGGCUUCCUGCAGGCAGCUGGUUGGAAAACUUGGGAAACAGGACUAGAUGGGCCUUUGGCCUAGUCCAGUGGGCUCCUAAAAUAUACUUGGGCUCUGACUUUGGAGGGUCUCUGAAGAAAAGAGCUUUCCUGUUUACGGACUCUCUGUCUGGAAGCCUUUCCGAGGAAAACAACUGCACCCUACGCAAGUCAGAUUGCGGUGAGGGUUCGAGAGAAUGGUGCAAUGCCGCCAAAAUAGGUUUGUGUGUGUGUGUGUUUGUGUUUGUGCGGAGUUCAGGGGAAAGCGGGCUGCAGAACGCCCUCCCAGCCUCGCUGUCAUUUCCUUAUCUGUUUCUCAUAAACCCUUCUUUUGCACCAGGCCUGUCCCUUUCUGAGAAGCGCCCGAUUGCGUCAGCGCAGGCAGGUGCUGGGGGCUGUGGUUUCUUCUGUGGGAACCAGCUGGGUUUCCUCUGGUUAGCUGGCUGCGUAGGAGAUGCUGAGCUUGAACCCUGCCACUUCUUCGGUUUCUCUUCUGUGACAUCGCCAGCUACAAACAGCUCUGGUGCAGGGAAGUGGGGGGGACCUGUGUUCAACUUUCCCUGCAGUUGCUCUUCUGCUGUUACCCAGAAAUGACCUGCAACAACACAGCACGAUUCCUGUGCACAGACAGCAGCGCGCACACACACAUAGUGAGAUAAAUAGGGAGAUAAUAAAUUAUUAUUUACUGAACUUACUAGUCGUUUUCCCUCUUACAGAAGUAACCCAGAAGCAAUUUACAACAAGUCAUUCCACUUUUUCAUUGAGUUUUGUGCUGGAAGCGAAGCCUUGUUGUUGUUGUUUAGUCGUUUAGUCGUGUCCGACUCUUCGUGACCCCAUGGACCAGAGCACGCCAGGCACUCCUGUCUUCUACUGCCUCCCGCAGUUUGGUCAGACUCAUAUUUGUAGCUUCGAGAACACUAUCCAACCAUCUCGUCCUCUGUUGUUCCCUUCUCCUUGUGCCCUCAAUCUUUCCCAGCAUCAGGGUCUUUUCCAGGGAGUCUUCUCUUCUCAUGAGGUGGCCAAAGUAUUGGAGCCUCAGCUUCACGAUCUGUCCUUCCAGUGAGCACUCAGGGCUGAUUUCCUUCAGAAUGGAGAGGUUUGAUCUUCCUGCAGUCCAUGGGACUCUCAAGAGUCUCCUCCAGCACCAGAAUUCAAAAGCAUCAAUUCUUCGGCGAUCAGCCUUCUUUAUGGUCCAGCUCUCUCUUCCAUACACCACUACUGGGAAAACCAUAGCUUUAACUAUACGGACCUUUGUUGGCAAGGUGAUGUCUCUGCUUUUUAAGAUGCUGUCUAGGUUUGUCAUUGCUUUUCUCCCAAGAAGCAGGCGUCUUUUGAUUUCGUGACUGCUGCUAAGCGAAGCAUUAGUCUGAUCCUAAAUGUUACUCAGACGUGAAUCCGGUAGCAUUCAGCGGAGCUUAUUCUCUGUUUAGAGGUCUGUUUCGGAUUUAACGUGUGACCGUGGUUUCCUGCUAGCUCUCCUAGCUGUGGAGACCCCCAAGCUCCUUCUCACCCCCUUCCCCCUCUCUCCUCCUUGUUUACAUGCUAGAAAAAAAGAAACAGGUGUUUCUACAUCCAGAAUCAACUCCUCAUGAUGCCCAAACUCAAAAACUGUGGGGUGUUGUGGUUUCAGAGUAAGCCAGGUUUUGAAACUGCAAAUCGAUCCUAACUAGAGUUUAAUCAAGCCAGGGUUUCCGGAACAUCCCAGGGAACUGUUAUUAGUUUACAGUUAGAAUCAGAAGCUUCCACUUUCAUCGUCUCCCAGGACACUUGGUUUUACAUAAUUUUACACAUUUUAUCUUUAACCAUUUCAAACAUUAAAACAAGUGGUUCUUUCAAACCCUCGGACCUCCCUACUUCCCUUCAUGGGUUCCAUAUUUAAAAUAAAGUAUUUUAGGAAUACUUAAUCUUCCUGGUUUCUGAUCUUUCCUGUCAGUUUCGCCAUCUCUGCAUACUCCAUCAGUUUAGUCUGCUGUUCUUCUCUGUCCUUCUAUCUCUGGGCUAGAAGCAUUCUCACAGCUGUUGUCACAGACAUAAAAAAGCUUUUCCUGUUACUCUAAAUCCUAUUGUCAAGGCUUGUGUGACCCAUAUCUAAAGCAGCAAACAUGUACACAAUGCUUUGAGCUGCUUCUACAGAAGAGACGCCAACAUCCAUUUUGAUCCAUUAUGGCUGCUUCAAAGCAUACCUGAAACAUACCGCAGCUGCUGGCUUUGACGGAGACGAAGGCCUCAGAGGGCCCAGAUUAAGAACUUUAGUUAUAGUAAAGGUAAAGGGACCCCUGACCAUUAGGUCCAGUCGUGACCGACUCUGGGGUUGCUGCGCUCAUCUCGCUCUAUUGGCCGAGGGAGCCGGCGUACAGCUUCCGGGUCAUGUGGCCAGCAGGACUAAGCCGCUUCUGGCAAACCAGAGCAGCGCACAGAAACGCCGUUUACCUUCCCGCCGGAGCGGUACCUAUUUAUCUACUUGCACUUUAACGUGCUUUCGAGCUGCAAGGUUGGCAGGAGCAGGGACCGAGCAACGGGAACUCACCCCGUCAUGGGGAUUCGAACCGCCAACCUUCUGAUUGGCAAGUCCUAGGCUCUGUGGUUUAUAGUAGACCUCUAUAAAUACAUAACCAGCAGCCAUCCGCAUUCACAAAGAGGGGGUUUUUUUGUCCCCUACAAACUCCAGACCCCGUUACACUUGGCUGUCAUCACAGCCCAGCCAACUCUGGUGAAGCUGCUGUUGUCUCACGGAGCGUCGCCCAUGGUGCUGGACCGCAACGGGCAGACCGCCCUCCACCUUGCCUGCGAACAUGACAGCGUCCAUUGCCUGCAGGAGCUGCUGGAUGGGAGCCCUGCCCCUCUGGAUCUGGAGGCGCGAAACUUUGAGGGUGAGUGUGGAUGAGGAACCAGGAGUGGGGGUGGGGAAAUGGGUUGGUGUGUUGAUCGGGACCCAAGGAUAUAACUCCCACCCCGCCCCGACCCGCUGCCCUAAUGAAAUUCAGAGCUUUGGUUAACUUCCAUACAUUGUCACACCACCCAUGGUCUGGAGCUUCUCAGUUUGAGCACAAUGGAUGUGUUAUUCAAACCCUGGGCAGCUGAAUUUUAGUAGUUCUGGGGGUCCCCGCUACCUAUAGAUUACUGUGUUCCUGGUAGACCGUAUGGAAAAUGGUGGUCUUGGAGAUCAAAGCCAACAUCUUCAACUUGGCAUGGCAGCUGAUUUUGCAAUCUACAUAGUAUAAAUAUGAAUGAAUGAAUGAAUGAAUGAACGAACAAAACAUGUCUCUCCUGUUUCAGUCUCUAUAGCCACAGCAGGCACUGUAACUUUCCUUGACUUUACCCCCAACUCUGCGCAUUUAUGUUUCGCAGGGUGCGAACAAAGGGCUUUGCGCCUUUAUACAAUAUGCAUGUGUGCUUGGGCCCAGGGUGUUUUGCCUCACCAUCCCCACUACUGACUCCCUGUUGCUACUCAGCUUUAAAAAAAAAGUGUCCCCGGAUUCAUUGAAAAAAAUCUGGCAACCAUAGUAUAAAGUAUUCCAAAAAUGAUUGCCACAUAGGAUCCUUCUUAUUAUUAUUAUCAUUAUUAUCAUUAUUAUUAUUAUUAUUAUUAUCAUUACUACCAUACACUUUUAUAUACUGCUUUCAGUCACAAGGAGACCUUAAACAUAUAGCAGUCACAGUCAUCUAAAUGUAAAUCCUGAAAUACCAUUUUAAACCACAGCGAUAAAAUUAUUAUUACUACUGUACUGGGUUUUCUACAUCAUUUUGUUAUGUUUCCCCAUUUUCUAUUCAUUAUAUGGAGGAACUAUCCUGCCUCCGUGAGACAGAUAAUCCUCAGAUGUACAUUUCCUUCCUUCUUCAGUUGUCUCAUUUCUUUCUCUUGCUUUUUGACCAGGUUUUACACCUCUCCAUGUGGCUGUUGGAACCCAGAAUCGUGACAUUAUUCUGACUCUGCUAGAACAUGGGGCAGAUGUUGAUGCUGUGGUAAGUAAGUGUGGGAGCUGCACUGAACUUUCUCAGAAGACGUCGUUCUGAGGAAAAUUGAAGACAGGUUUCCUUUUUCUCACUCCGCUCAGAAGAAGAAGGCCAUUUCGCUGAAUUUUCUCUGAAUGUUCUCCAACGUUUGUGGUGGCUGCCAUUUCCCUCCCACAAUGCCCUGCAACAUAGCUAGGCCCGGGGCAUUAUGGAGGAUGCAAAAUAGGGCCCAGGCUACAAACAAACACACACAGAGGCCACAUUCAAACUAUCCAUGUAAAGCACUAUGGUACCACUUUCAACAGUCAUGGCUUUCCCCCAAAGAAUCCUGGGAGCUGUAGUUUGUUAAGGGUGCUGAGAGUUGUUAGAAAGCCCAUAUUCCCCUCCCAGAGCUACAAUUCCCAGAGUGGUUUAGCGCUCCAUCUCUUUUGCCAGGGAACUCUGGGAACUGAGACACUCUGAGGGGAGCAGGGGACCCCUCCCAACAACUCUCAGCACCCUUAAGGAACUACAACUCCCAGGAUUCUUAGGGGGAAGCCAUGACUGUGUAAAGUGGCAUCAUAAUGCUUUACAUGGUUUGACUGUGGCCACACACACAGUCUCAGAGGGAGAAAGAAGGAAUUUGUCCUCCCCUCAUGACUAAUGACGAGCCCUACUCCCAAGAAACUGUUAGGGGAUUUCCCUUCCUCUGAGAAAUUCAGUGAAAUCCACCUUCCCCCUUCCAGGAAAAAACACCCCACCCAGUAGUUGCCCACAAAUGGAGUGAAGAAUUUUGAGAGGACGCCUUGCUCACAGCUCUAAUAUAGCAGGGUUCAAGCGAACUCUGUCCAGGAGCUGGAUAGCUCACUUGGUUAGAGCGUGGUGCUAAUAAUGCCAAGGUGGUGAGUUCGAUCCCUGUAUGGGAAAGCUGCAAAUUCCUGCAUUGUAGGCAGUUAAACAAGAUGAUCCACAGGGUCCCUUCCAGCUCCAAGCAAAGCUUGCUGCCUGUGUAAAACUGUAAAUUUCAUCAAAUGUGCAUCUGUUUCCAUAGCUUGUUUAUUUGCUGGUACAGUGGUACCUUGGGUUACAAACACUUCGGGUUACAGACUCUGCUAACCAUAGCUGUCAACGUUUCCCUUUUUUUAAAGUGAAAUUCCCUUAUUCCGAAUGGGAUUCCUCGCAAGAAAAAGGAAAAAUUGACAGCUAUGCCGCUAACCCGGAAUUAGUACCUCAGGUUAAGAACUUUGCCUCAGGAUGAGAACAGAAAUCACGCAGCAGCGGGAGGCCCCAUUACCUAAAGUGGUACCUCAGGUUAAGAACGGACCUCCGGAAUGAAUUAAGUUUGUAACCAGAGGUACCACUGUACAGUGUUUUACAAGAGGCCAGGUCCCUGUCCCAAGGAGCUUACAAUAUAAGAUCCAGUACAAUGGCACUGGGAGAAUGGAUUGUAAACAAAGGGGAACCAUAUGCAUGGGUAGGAGGUCUACGGUGUUGUACCGAAAACUCCGCAGAAGAAAUGGCUUUGAGGAAGGAUUCUGGAGGAAGCGGAGACAAAAUGGGCAUCACAGCGUUCCUGGGCAAGCGAGGCAGGACGGGUGGAGUUGCUUGAGGGCGUAAGAGCUGUUUAGACAGCCGCAGGUAUGGAGAGUUACUUGCUCCUGCAAGUCACAGGGAGAGGCUGCGCUCGGUCAUCACGGCCCAUUUGCUAGACAAGCCUCUGAACGGUGCCUUGUCAUGGCUGUGAGAUUUCAACAUCGAACUUCCAAAUCUCAUUGGCAGCAGCCUCAGGAGAUGACUUGCAUGUGAAAAUGACCCAACACAGAUUAAUCACUGCAAACAAGUUGUUUCCCCCCGACUUUAUUUCCUUAGUGUAAGAAGAGCCUGUCUGUUGGAACAAGCCAAAGGCCUAUCUAGUCCCGCAGCCUGUUCUCACAGUGGCCACCCAAAAAAUAAUAAUAAUUUUAGGGACGCAGGUGGCACUGUGGUCUAAACCACUGAGCCUCUUGGGCUUGCUGAUCGGAAGGUCAGCAGUUCAAAUCCCCGCAACAGGAUGAGCUCCCGUUGCUCUGCUCAGCUCCUGCCAACCUAGCAGUUGAGAGAGCCAGUGUGGUGUAGUGGUUAAGAGCGGUAGUCUUGUAAUCUGGGGAACCGGGUUCGAGUCUCCGCUCCUCCACAUGCAACUGCUGGGUGACCUUGGGCCAGUCACACUUCUCUGAAGUCUCUCAGCCCCACUCACCUCACAGAGUGUUUGUUGUGGGGGAGGAAGGGAAAGGAGAAUGUUAGCCGCUUUGAGACUCCUUAAAGGGAGUGAAAGGCGGGAUAUCAAAUCCAAACUCUUCUUCAAAAGCACACCAGUGCAAGUAGAUAAAUAGGUACCACUGUGACGAGAAGGUAAAUGGCGUUUCCAUGCGCUCAGGUUUCCAUCAUGGUGUUCCGUUGCGCCAGAAGCGGUUUAGUCAUGCUGGCCACAUGACCCGGAAAGCUGUCUGUGGACGAACGCCGGCUCCCUCAGCCUGAAAAGCGAGAUGAGCGCCGCAACCCCAUAGUCGCCUUUGAAUGGACUUAACCGUCCAGGGGUCCUUUACUUUACCUUAAUAAUAAUUUUAUUUUUUAUACAGUAGUACCUUGGGUUACAGAUGCUUCAGGUUACAGACGCUGCAGGUUACAGACUCCACUAACCCAGAAAUAGUACCUUGGGUUAAGAACUUUGCUUCAGGAUGAGAACAGAAAUUGUGCUGUGGCGGUGCGGCGGCAGCGGGAGGCCCCAUUAGCUAAAGUGGUAUCUCAGGUUAAGAACCGUUUCAGAUUAAGAACGGACCUCCAGAACAAAUUAAGUUCUUAACCCAAGGUACCACUGUACCAGGCAUGUCCAAAGUCUGUUUUGGGGGGCUAAUUUGGCCUGCCAGUCAGUUUAAUCCGGCCCCUGUGGCAGUUUAUUUCUUGGGGUAAAAUCCCCCCCAAAGCUCAACUUCAAUCCUAAAAAAACCCCUCAACAACCUUGGGGUAAAAUUGUAAACAUACCUCAACAACUUCAAUCCUAAAAAACAACAACUUUGGUCGGCCCUCACGCAUGUUCACUUCAUCAAAUCUGGCCCUCUUUGGAAAAAAGUUUGGGCACCCCUGAUUUAUACCUUGUCCAUCUGGCUGGGUUUCCCCAGCCAAUCUAGGCAGCUUCCAACACAUAUAAUAACAUAAUAAAAAGUCAGCCAUUAAAAACUUUUCUGAACAAGGCUGCCUUCAGAUGUCUUCUAAAAGUCAGAUAGUUGUUUAUGUCCUUGACAUCCGAUGGGAGGGCAUUUCACAGGGUGGGUGCCACUGCCAAGAAGGCCCUCUGCCUGGUUCCCUGUAACCUCACUACUUUCAAUGAGGGAACCACCAGAAGGCCCUCGGCGCUGGACCUCAGAGUCCGGGCAGAACGAUGGAGGUGGAGACGCUCCUUCAGGUAUACUGGGCUGAGGCCUUUUAGGGCUUUAAAGCUCAGCACCAACACUUUGAAUUGUGUUCGGAAACGUCCUGGGAGCCAAGGUAGGUCUUUUAGGACUGGUGUUCCGUGGUCCCGGUGGCUGCUCCCACUCACCAGUCUAGCUGCUGCUUUAGUUGUAGUUUCUGAGUCACAUUCAAGUGACUCAAGCCCUCAAGCUAAGCCUAGCCAUUGUGGCUAGUAGCCAUUCCUAGCCUUUAUCCUCCCUGAAUUUGUCCGGUCCUCUUUUAAAGCCAUCCAAGUUGGUGGCCAUCACUGUCUCUAGUGGGAGGGAGUUCCAUAGUUCAACUAUGCCCUGCAUGAAGAAGAUCAUGCUCGAUUGUCCACUUGGAUCAUGUGGUUACCAUUUUCUGAACAUUUAUUUAUUUAUUUAUUUAUUUAUUUAUAAGCACUUCUAAACCACUCAGUAUUUUUUAAAUCUUUAAAUGGCGUGUGACUGAAAAAAAUGUUUGUUUGCUUUUAAUUUGUCAAAGCAAAAAUACAGUACAAAACCAGCGAGGCAGUAGUCUAAAAGCAAAUUCAAAACAGGAAUUUGGAGAAUUCAGAUGAAUCAAAGUGUUUAUGUCCUCUGGCGUUGACUCAUGUGCAAGACUUUUCCAUCGGCGGAGUCGGGCAGGGGGUGCUGCAAUAAGGUCACCCGCACACUCAUCGAAUGGUCAUCAAAUGUCGGGCGAUGUACAAACUGAUUGAAACAGAUGGAAAGCAGCCUUUCCCGCUCCCCAAAACUUCCCUUAUUUGUUGUACCACCCAAACUACUAAGUGCUGUGCAAGAUUUUUAAAAAUGUAGCAGAUGCUCCCUCCAGACUUGUUAACCUGAACAGGCACACACACAAAAAUAAUAUAAACUACAGUCAGAUGUACCUUAAGGGCUGGAGACUGAGCCAUCCUUCUUAAAUGGAAGCCUCUGGAUUCCUUAUUCUCAGUUUAUAGCUGUGCAGUAACAUGCAGGUAAAGGUAAAGGGACCCCUGACCAUUAGGUCCAGUCGCGGACAACUCUGGGGUUGCGGCGCUCAUCUCGUUUUAUUGGCUGAGGGAGCCGGCGUACAGCUUCCGGGUCAUGUGGCCAGCAUGACUAAGCCACUUCUGGCGAACCAGAGCAGCGCACAGAAACGCUGUUUACCUUCCCACCAGAGCGACACCUACAGUAUUUUUCGCCCUAUAGGACGCACAAAAAUGAAGGGGAAAUCUGGGUGCGUCCUAUGGGGCGAAUGCAGGCUUUCGCUGAAGCUCCAGGCUUCAGGAAGACAUCCGCAGCCUAGGCAGCCCUGUGGGAGUUCCCGCAGGGCUGUCUAGCCUGCGGAUAGUAGCCUGCUUCCUGGAGCGUCGGGCACCCUGAAAGCAGAGCGCCCGGCGCUUCGGGAACACAUCCGCAGCCUAGGCAGCCCUGCGGGAGUUCCCCGCAGGGCUUCCCACGCUGCGGAUAGCAGCCUGCCGCCCGGCGGGCGGGCCGCCCUGAAGCAGAGUGCGCCAGACAGACAUCCUUUAUUUUUUCCUUUAUUUCCCCCCCAAAAAACUAGGUGCUUAUCUACUUGCAGUUUGAUGUGCUUUCAAACUGCUAGGUUGGCAGGAGCAGGGACAGAGCAACGGGAGCUAACCCCGUCGCGGGUGUUCGAACCGCCGACCUUCUGAUCGGCAAGUCCUAGGCUCUGUGGUUUAACCCACAGCGCCACCCACGUCCCUUAACAUGCAGGACUAUACUAUAUAUUCUCGUUGGGGGGAAAAGGUGAGGGAUAAAUAAAUAAUCACACACUUGUACAGCUCAUUCGGUAAAGCCUGAGGUGCUUAAUCUCAGGGUUGUGGGUUCGAGCCCCACCCGGGGCUAAAGAUUAGACUAGAUUAGGGCUGCCAUAUUUCAAAGGGUGAAAUUCCGGACGCAGAAGUUCUUGAGGUUUUCUUUGCAAAAUCUCCCUAAAAAAUGAAAUUUUUGAGAUUAUUUUUUGGGGGGAAAUUCACCAAAAAAAGCAGCACUUGUGGCAUGAGUUGCCAUACGCCCAAGUUUUCCUGGGCAUUUUAAACAAUUUUAAACAAUUUCUGACAAACAGAUCCCAGAUAUGUCCAGGAAGUUCCAGACGUAUGGCAACCCUAGAUGACCCUUGUGCUCCCUUCUGACUCUUAACAUUUAAAUUUAUGCAGAUCUUUUAUUUUUUUAAAAAAAAAAAUAAGCCACCUUGCAUUUUAUUGAAAUAUUCUUGAGGCACAACAGCAGUGCAUAGAUACAGAUAACAGUGCCUACCGAAAAGGGAGUUUGACAGAAAGUGAUUCAGCACUGAGGAGAUACUGAUUGCACCUUACUUAAUGUUAUCCAUCCUACCCCACCCAUGUUAAGCAGAAUUCAAGCUUCCUCUUUCGUUUGUUGUUGUUUAAGCUGUCAUUCCUUCUGUGUGCACACACUUGCUGGUGAAUGGGUCCAUUCACAGUGUACACAAGGGUGUCGACAUAUGGCUCUUGCAAAGCGAGGAAGCGUAGUAGGACAGGGCUUGAAUGUAGCAGAAUUAACAAAUAUGUUAGGGUUUUUUUCCCCCUCCACACACCCACACACCUUUAAGAACAGAAAGUGCCUCCUAAUGCAAAUCUAAUUUCAAAGUCACAGAGCUACAAGUCCCAGAGUUUCUUGGGAAGAGGGAUUGAUAGCUAAAGCACUCUGGCAAUUGUAGUUUUGGGGACAAAAUGGCGGCUUUCCUGACAACUCUCAGGAUUCUGGGAUUCUGUUGGAAUAGUAUCCUGGUGCUAUAAAUGUAUCGUUCUGGUAGUCCCCCAAUUCAUUCUGUUAUCUGUGCUAUGGGGCAGGAUAGAGGGCAGCUCCGGCCCUCCUUACUCUUUUCUGAUGGCCCUCUAAGCUACUGUUUUUAGGACUGGAACGGGUUGGAGGAAGAGUGAAAUAAACUUGGAGUUGAGAGUGGAUUUCAUGAGCUUUAUUCAGCUCAUAGUAGUGAGGAGGAAUGGAAGUUCCCCCAGAAUGUCUGCUUUAUAUACAUUAUUUACACAAUGGGUCCCACAUGAUUGGCUAAUUCUGGGAUUCUCCUGUAGGCCAAUCAGGUUGCAGAUUCACUUCCACCUGGAGCUGGAUUGGGUGGCUCCUGUGGACCAAUCAGACUGCUGCAUUCUGGGUCCUAUUGUUCUAGGACCAAUCAGACUGCUGCCUUUUGGAUCCUAUUCAACUCAGUACAUAACAAAGAGGAUUGUGAAUUCUGUUCCAUCCUCCCUCCCGUAAACUGAGAACUGAUGCAGGAUUUGACCGAAUCUUUACUCUCGCACCGUUGUGGUUCUCUCCCCACCCUAGGAUAUUAAGAGCGGGCGGUCUCCGCUACUGCAUGCCGUGGAGAACGAUAAUCUGGAGAUGGUUGAGCUGCUGCUACAGGUAAGCUACUCUCACAUCUCCUCUACCCGUAACCCCUUGUGAUCGUUUCGUAAGAGCCGAGCACCCUUGUUCUUCCCCAAAUGGGGGGGGGAGCUCACUCGCACACAUUAAUGAACGCAAACCUCUUGAGGGCCGGCCCCAACAUUGGGCAGAGGCGGCGAAGGUGUCAGGCGGCAGAUUCUGUAGGGCAGGAAGUGGUGUUGAGGUGUUGGAGAGCACAGCUGCGUGGGCAGAGCAGCCAGCCUGGCUGGCAGGAGCCGGAGUCAGGAGAAGGUCAGAGAUAAGAGUAAAAAAACAACAACACCGGUGUCAGUGAGGUUAAGUCUUUAUUCAAAGAAACCAAAACAGCUCGGGCCUAGUGAUCGCAGCAACUCUUCUCAGUACGUCUUGUCCCAAUGAGGCAGUUGCAAGGACUGAAGGUUUUCCCCCCACCUUCCCACUCCUCCAUUCUCCAUCCUUCCCCAGAAACCAGAGGUAGGGUUGCCAUAUUUAAAGAUGUUUUUGAGCUUUUUUGAGGGGGGGAGUUUCAAAAUCCCGGACAUUUUGACGAUUUCCCAACCCCCCCCCCCCCCCGGGCGCUAAUUGUCAUUGGAUUCCGUCUCUGGAAUCCUAGACAGGUCCAGGAAAUUCUGGUCAUAUGGCAACCCAACCUGAGGCUCCUUCGUCUUGUCUCUCUUUGCUCUGCCCUCAUCAUUUUUCUACAUUUGUGGAAUUGCUCUCCCUAGAAAGGCUCGCCUGGUGCCUUCAUUAUAAACCUUUAGGCGCCAGGCAAAAAAAUUAUUCUUUAACCCAGCCUUUAGCUGAUCCAAUACCCUUUUAAAAUGUGUUGUGGGGGGGCGGCUAUUGGAUUGCUCUUGUUUUUAUUAUGUAUUUUGUAUUACAUCUAUUAAUUUGUCAUAGGGCAGUUAUGACAUAAAAUCACAAUAUAAAAUCAUAAAAUACAUAGUAAAAACAAAAAAAACAAAAACAGUCGAGUAGGAGACCCACCCCCCCAACAAUAAUAAGUUCUGGCAGACCAGGGGAGAGGGGAGCUUACCACAGCAGGAGGCAGGGAGACCCCCUGGAUUCUUCAGCAUCUCUGUCUCCUGGUCCCCCUCCUUUCCUGCCUCUGAUUCUGGACUGCUCUCUGCUCCAGCCUCUUCCUGCUCACUAAGCCCUGUUGCCUCCCAGUCUUCUCCCUCCAACCACUCGUAGUCAUCCUACCACCAAUCCCCUGGCUCUGAGCUUUCUUCCCCUUGGGGGUUCCCCAGCUGGUGCCUCCCACCAUUCCUUAGCGUCCAGCCAGUCCGUUAUAUCGGUGCCCUCCAGAGGAUGAUGCCCUGCCACUAACAAGAUUCAGCUGCUGGCCUGGUCAGCUUUUGUAUGUGAGAUGGGCACGGUGGCAUCUUGACCUUUGGCUGGGCAGCCCGCUGGCGCUGCGUAGACCCCAGUCCAAAAUGGAGAAACGGCCUGCAUGCUCCAGAAUCAAAAGGCCUACAAAUAAUACUUAAGUGGAAAAUGCUUAGUAGUAGUAGUAGUAGUAGUAGUACCCCGCCCAUCUGGCUGGGUUUCCCCAGCCACUCUGGGCGGCUUUCAACAAAGAUUAAAAAUAUAUUAAAAUGUCACACAUUAAAAAAUUUCCCUGAACUUCAGAUGUCUUCUAAAUGUCAGGUAGUUGUUUAUCUCUUUGACAUCUGAUGGGAGGGCGUUCCACAGGGUGGGUGCCACUACCGAGACGGCCCUCUGCCUGGUUCCCUGUAGCUUUGCUUCUCACAAUGAGGGAACUGCCAGAAGGCCCUCAGCGGUGGACCUCAGCAUCCAGGCAGAACGAUGGAGGUGGAGACGCUUAUAUUUUCUCAAAUCUGACUGUGGCAUCAGCAGAUAAAUUUCUGCAGUGCCAGUAAACCUAACAGACCUUGUCCUCCAGUGUUUUCCCCAAUGGCUUCCUUGCCCAGGGAUUUUCUCUUAUUGUUAACCAUGUGGGAGUGUUAGAUUCCCUCAAAUCUGCCCCAGCCAUUCUGUUAAUGUGUCCAUGUUUCUCCCCCGCUUUGCAGCACGGAGCCAACGUCAAUGCUCAGUCGUACGGGGGCAACACAGCGCUCCAUGCGGCCUGCGGGCGGGGGCUUCUGGAAACCCUGCGUCUCCUGGUGCGCAACGGGGCGGAUGGCAGCUUGAAGAACUACCACAAUGACACCCCCUUGAUGGUGGCCAAGAAUAAAAGGGUGAGAGGAUACACAGAGAGACAGAGGAACUUCACGAUGCCUCCAUCGGAGCUUGGUAUUCGGUUCCUCAUAAGCUUUCUUUAGCCCGAACAUCACAGCGACCAAUGCCAACAGACAUCGGCACACUUAGGGAUCCACAGAGUCUUCGCAGUUCACGUGACAGACCUCAGCAACUCAGCAUUUUGGCUAAUCUACUUUAUUUGCAUAUAAACACACACAGAGCACUGCAACAUGGCUCCCUCUCUCUCUAGCAUCAGACAGCAAAGAGAAAAAGAACAAAGGACAAUAGUCCCACUUCACGGAACACAGGAACACAAACAUCCUGUCUCCGUCCCUUCCCACUCUGUGGAGUCAAAACAUAUACCGUCAUGUGAUAGACAACAGUCCCAUGACUGCAAUCAUGGGGCAGGAAUUCUAACACUGGUCACCCCAGUCCAUGGGCAGCAACACCUGCCACCUGUUAAGCAAUUUUUAGAUUGUUCAGUUGACUGCGCAUGCGUUAUCUAACGACCCUGUAGUGUAGGUCAGUGCUGUUAACCCUGUAUCUCAGAAGGGAAGCCUGAGGCUGGGAGCUGAGGGUUCUUAGUGAGCUCUUGACGGAGGCGAGAUUUGAACCCGCAACCUUCCAGUUCGUUGCUCACAGUUUCAGCUGUUGCACCGCAUUGGGAACUGACAAGUUAGGAAAUAGUCCUGGGAGAUCUAAAAGGUGAAUUGGCACUCUGGGAGAGGGUGGCUGCUUUGUGGACCUAUCAGGGCACCUGGUGUUCAAGGUGAGAUCUUGCGAGCGAGCUGAGCGGUUGGGGAAUUUCUUUUAAAUCUCUCCUGUCUCUCCCAUCAUCAGGUGAUUGACAUCCUGAGAGGAAAAACUUCCCGCCCUGGGCCGCCGCCUGAAAACAUCCGCGAGGGAUCGUCCCCAGCAACCAGCAAUGCCAGCUCUCCUGGUAUCCGACCCGUCCACACUGGUGAGUAACCUCUCCCCAAGUGCGAGACAGCUGCCCAUGUUUUCAUCCUGCAGCCGCCUCAGUCCUGGAUUAAAAGGGGUGUGAGAAUUCGUAUCUGAGGCAACAGAUACUCUCAAACACGCAUGCCAGAUAGGGAGCGGUGUGCGAGAAGAAUUGAGGUCAGGGAGUAUCCUGCACGUAGGGCUGAACUCUGCCAUUGGUAGAUUAAUCAACCAAACCUUUAGUUGAUUAACCAAUGGGGACUUUAAAAACCCCACAAAAAACACCUCACCAAUAACUGACAGGAUAGCAAGUUAAGUACAGCCGUACCUCGGAAGCCAAACGCCUUAUGACUCAAAUGUUUUGGCUCCUGAACGCCGCAAACCUGGAAGUGAGUGUUCCGGUUUGCGAAUGUUCUUUGGAACCCGAACAUCCUCCGCGGCUUCUGAUUGGCUGUAGGAGCUUCCUGCAGCCAAUUGGAAGCCGCACUUUGGUUUCUGAACAUUUUGGAAGUAAAACGGACUUCCAGAACGGAUUCCGUUCGAAUUCCGAGGUAUGACAACACAUUUUUAUUUGUUUUGAGGCUAUUAGGAUUUUAAUGUAUGAUUUCCCAUAGGAAAAUUUUCUCCCAGUAGUUUUUGCUAAGUAGCAAGUUAUGUUAUGCUUCCUUUAGUUUCUCAGAGAAGUGUUGAGGCUUUGGUAAUAGGCAAAGCUUAAAUUCCACUGAAUUUUAAGUUGUCUUUUUUAACCAAUUAAGUUCUCCUAUUGGGUUGACUGCGUUAUUCUCCUCUGUGCUUCUGUCUCCCUACAGGCUUGCUGAGGGCUUCGCCCGACUCCUGCCCCACCACCCCUAGCCCCGCCCAGACCCCGAAACCCCACAGAGCCGUGCAGUCCCCCAACUCGGCCAAUCAGAAGCCCGAGAGCACUGCAUCGACCAAUGGGCCUUUGACACAUGGCACCUUGCCUGGGGUGAAACUGGAAAGGAGCCCGACUCCGCCCACACCGGAGCAGCCAAUGGGAUUUCCAGGGAUGCCCAAAUUCUUCCUGCCAGUGGCUGAGAGCCUGGUGGAACCCGCCUUCCACGCCACCCUCUACCCUUUUGCGUCGUCCAGCCACAGCUAUUCGCCGCACCACCUCUGCCUGCUUCCCGCCGGCAUGCAGAAUUCCGUCAUAUCCCUGCCCGCAGCGCCCCAGGCCAAUCGGAUUCACCCGCGGGGCACGGAGGUGGACCAAUCACAGACCCUGCUGGACUCUGAGACCCUGGCAACCGCCGACCUCAAAGGCCAGUGGCCAAAGAGCAGAGACAGUGGUCCUGGCGGCAGCUGACAGGAGGAGAUCGAGGGAUCCUGUACACAGGGGGCUUCCCACUCGAUGCUGUGCGUCACCAGGCAACAAAGGGCCAAUUCCUCCUAGACUUUUGCUGCUAUGGGUUCCUGGCGCAAAAAUGGCACUUGUUUGCGGCUUCGGGACCCAGAGGGCUGCAGGUCUGACCGAUGAGACUCCUGAUCACAGGGUUGUGGAUUCGAGUUUCACGUUGGGCAAAAGAUUCCUGCGUUGCAAGGGGGGUGGACAAGGCGACCCUCGUGGUCCCGUCCAACUCUACAGUUCUAUGACAAAGCUGAGAUGAUCCUAUGGGCUGUGGUGGACCGGUCAGCUUGACCCCUAACUACAGUCCCAACAGCCUUCCAUUUUCAGUUCUUGCCACUUCUUUGGCUACUACCUAAGCAGGGCUGUUUCUGCACGUUUGGAAGGAGGUGGAAACUGCACACCCCAUUAAAAGGUAGCACUGUAGUCCAAAUUUGACAGUACUUUCAAUGUAAAACAGUAAGAGCUGGGAGGCACAAGUUAAAGAUACAGUGGUACCUCUGGAUAAGAAUGGGAUCUGUUCCGGAGCCCCAUUCGCAUCCUGAAGAGAACGCAACCCACCUCUACGCAUGCGCGGGUCGCGAUUCACCGCUUCUGCACAUGCGCAUGACGUCAUUUUGAUCAUCUGCGCAUGCGUGAGCGGACGAAACCCGGAAGUAACACGUUCUGUUACUUCCGGGUCGACACGGAGCGCAACCCAAAACGCUCAACCUGAAGCCACUUUAACCCGAGGUAUGACUGUAUCUCUCUCGGUCUACUCUCCCCACACACUGCCCUUACUCUGCUCAGUAACACUGCCAGCAAGGCCUGAGGCAGCCAAAUAUUUAAAGGUAGCACCCUGUCUUGCCAGAGGGGGAUUUAGGGCACUGUGACUGGUUCCUCUGCACUGGGCUGGAAGUCUAGGGGCGCCGCAACCAUGACAAAAUGAAUUGAGCACAACAGAGAGUGAGAGGCAGGCGGGCACCGAAUUUUGGCUUCUUACAGGGCACCGCUGGAAAUUGGAAAGGCCAAAAUUCACCCCUGAUCCUGCCCCCUUCACCGUAGGUGGGGAAGAAGCUGCAGCAGCGGUUUCCAGGGAGAGUGUGUGAGAUUUUGCCGAUUUCGCCAGCGCCCAACUAGCAGCAGUGAGGCAGCACGACGGCUCGGGAAGUGGGGCUACCUUCCCAUUUCACCUCAGGCGGCAAAACGGGAUGCGCAGCCCCAAUUGACAGGUUUCUUGGCAAACGAAUUUCAGGAAGUGCAGUGUUAACGUGUUGGUGAUGGAGAGGGAAGAAGGUGACGCAAGGAAGUUGGGAGGGGGCGAACAAGGGGAUUUUCUGAAAGUUUGAGCCCGAAAAAGAGGAAUACCGUGUGCAUUUUAAGGGACUGAAAUACCAGAAAUUCCCAGGCGGGUUAUUGUCUUUAGAGGAAGUUGUGGAGGUGGAGAUGAUUAGUCAGGGCAGUGAGAUGAUUAAGGGAGGGAAGGAUGAGGUGUGGCUUGCUGGCUUGCUUAGUGGUCCUCCUGGCUAUCAGAUCUCGCCUGUGAGGACCGACCGUCCUUCCUGCCCAGCUUACAAAAGAGAUUGCCAACUGGGAAGAAAGAGGGAGUCACACGCAACUUUGUCUCGAAAACCUCCUCCUGUGAAAUGCACCACUUGAAAAAUAUCAGGGUUCAAUCCCUGAUAUUUCUGGGCAGGGCUGAGAAAGACUGAAACGGCUGCCAAUCUGUGGAGGCGAUACUCAGCUAAAUGGACCAAUGGCCUGGCUUGGUAUAAGGCAGCUUCCCCUUCGCUCUUGUUGGUAUUAACCCUUGCAUUCCCGGGUUCCACCACCGACACCUCUUAAAAAAAAGAAACCACGAAAACACCCAGCAGUGAGAUCUCAGAUCCUUCUCUUCCCAACCCUCUCCUCCCCUUGCAAUCGUCUUGCCAAAUGUUCCUUCUCUGCUUCUGUGGGACCAAUACUUGAAAAGUACUAGUAGCACCCUCUGCUCAUCCCGUGGCAAGAAAACAGGAUGGGGAAGGGUCUUUUCCUAAUUUGUCAAUAAAAUAUUUUUUCUACUUUCAAA